UAGUCUACCCAUAAUCCCCCAGCAUCAUUUUCUCUCUGUAUGCUAUACACUCCUUUCAAUCCAUUCACCUCAUCCAUAAAUUCAUCCGUUAUUCUUGUGCGUGACGCUCUUAUCUGUCCUUAAACAUCUCUGCUGCUGGCUUUUGUUUUUUUUUGCUGGCUCCUCACUUUAAGAGUCCUCUUUUCUAGUUCUAGUGCAAGUUUUUAUUCACUUUGGUGUCCACACUGGCAGGCACCAUUCCACCCAAAGGAGAGGAGGACUUUCUUGCGCUGGCCGCCUCGCGGCUCAGCCGUCGCAAGCGUGUCAUAGGGGCAGCAGUGGGUGUAGCCAUGGUUCUAAUUCUCCUGGUUGCAAUCCCCUUAUUGGUACACAGUACCAAGGGAGGUGGAGCCGGAAGUGCAGGAAGUCAUUAUGAAAUGCUUGGCAGUUGUCGAAUGGUGUGUGACCCCUAUACCCCCUCGCAACAUGGCCAGGAAUUGGCUGUCUCACCACCACCUCCUGAGUUUACAAGCCGAAGAGGAAAGUCUGGAUACCGAGGGCCUCCAGGAAUCCCAGGACCACCUGGUCCCCAAGGGCCCUCUGGAGCGCCAGGAAAGCCAGGUCCACAAGGACCCCCAGGACAAGGACCAAAUGGUCACGUGCCCUCUUUCUACAGUCCUAAGAUUGCUUUCUAUGCAGGACUGCGCAAACAGCAUGAGGGCACUGAUGUGCUAAAGUUCGAUGAUGUGGUCACUAAUGUGGGCAACUACUAUGAACCAAGCACUGGCAAGUUCACUUGUCCUCUUCCUGGUAUCUACUACUUCACCUACCAUGUUCUCAUGAGAGGAGGAGAUGGGACCAGCAUGUGGGCAGACCUCAAAAAGAAUGGACAGGUCGAUAGUGGAAAGAGAUACAGUUCAUGUUUACACACCCACACAGCAAGCCUCAUUCCACAGGUUGGAUCAUACGAGCAGCAGCUUUACAACAGAUCAAUAGUAGUGAGGGCCAGCGCCAUUGCCCAGGACGCCGAUCAGAAUUACGACUACGCCUCCAAUAGUGUGAUCCUGCAUUUAGACGUAGGAGACGAGGUGUGUGUGCAGCUGGACGGUGGCAAAGUCCAUGGGGGAAACAACAACAAAUACAGCACCUUCUCUGGAUUCCUCAUCUACCCUGACUGAUUACCCAUCUCCUUCCUACCCCACAAUGCUGCUUAAACACACACACACAGACUUGAACAGAGGGACAUGCACAUAGGUUGAUGCUGGCUGAAAGAAGGGCCUCACAGACAUAAGCAGAGUCUUGUUUAAGCAGUCGAUUGUUUAUACUUGUAUGCAAAUGAUGGUGAUGCUCUAACUAUACAAAUGCACAUUUACAAAAAGUGUAUAAUAGAUAUCAUGUAAUACCAGAAAAUAUUCCUCAAUCAGCAGCACUUGCAGCAUUAGGUGUAUAUGUGUCUCAUUUUUGUGUCUCUGUAAGAUUAUACUCUUUUUUUUUUUUUACAGUAAAUUGUACAUAAAUAUGUAACCACAGACACAUGGCUGAUACUUAGUGGAACUGUUUAGUGUGUUUUCAUGAGGAAGACUGAUAGGAUAGUGAUACACAACAGAGAUUCAAUACAAUAACAUGUAUGCACAUAAA